GGACCGAGUGUCCGACGUCUGUGGUCCCCGUGUGAGGAGGCUGUGAAGUCCCUCUGAGCUGUGGGGAAGGUCGGGAACAGGCUCUGUCGUCAUGGGGGUGGUAGGGGUGAUACUUUCGGCAGCUGCCACAGCUCUACUUGCAUUGGCUGCUGUCCUUGUCAUUGACUUUCUGCGCCUACCACGAUCUCGCCAUCUACCAUGGAAGCGUGCCGUCCUGCUCUACCUUCUGAGGCGAGGCGGCAGACUGGUUGGCUAUCUCAAGUGGCGGCAAUUUGUCAAGGAGUCCAAAAACCUUCUCCAGACGCAAGAACAGUUUGUUCUCAACCAGAUCCGUGCCAACGCAUCAUCCGACUACGGGCGUGCCCACAACUUCUCCUCCAUCACCUCUCUAGAAGAGUUUCGUCGCACCCAGCCGAUCACCACCUAUAGCGACUACGAGGACUACAUAUCCCGCGUGGAACGCGGCGACUACGGUGCCAUGUUUGGCGACCGUCAGCCCCCCGCCAUGUUCGGAUGCUCCUCCGGCACAACCGGCCGGGCCAAGCUGAUCCCAAUCUCUGCCAGAGGUCUUGACUUCACUGCCAUGGUAGCGGGUUUCUACGGUUCAGAACAGCGGGAUCUCCUUCCGAUCAGCCUGGGUCGCUCGCUGUCGACAUUCUGCGCUCCACGAUAUCGCUUCACCGACAGCGGCAUCAAGAUUGGCUCGGUGAUGGCAACGGCGAUGCAGAGUCCGACAGCCACGCUGCUGGGAACUCUGCCGCCAGAAGCGAUGACUAUCGGCGACCAGGAGGCUUCUAAGUAUGUGGGACUGCUGUUUGGACUACGCGAUCCGAACGUGGAACGACUGGAUGGAUCGUUUGCGUCCAACAUGUUCACGCUGCUCAAGUUUCUGGAGGACCACUGGCAGAGUCUGGUGCGGGAUCUCUGCAGAGGCAGGCUGGAUGAGAAGGUGAACGUGACGCCCGAGGUCCGGGAGAAGCUGAACGGACUGCUGCAGCCAGAGCCUGAACGUGCCUCCCAGCUGGAGGCAGAGUUCUCAAAAGGUUUCGACAACAUCAUGACACGGAUCUUCCCGAAAAUGUCCCUGGUGGCCUCCAACAGCUCGGGGUCGUCAAUGGCCGUCUACAAGGAGCGGUGUCGUCCCUACCUCGGAGACCUAACGAUCCACUCACCGAUCUACAUCUGCACUGAAGGUCUGCUGGGUAUGAAUAUCCGCCACGGCAGAGACCGACCCGGCUACGUCCUGGUGCCGAGUGAGGCAUACCUGGAGUUCCUGCCUGUCGACGACCAGGGGGUGGCUACAGAGGGAGCGCAGCCAGUACAGGCAAACGAGGUCGAGGUGGGCAAGAUGUACGAGAUCAUCAUCACCAACGUGUCCGGGUUCUACCGGUACAGACUCGGAGACAUCGUGGAGGUGGUCGGCUUCUUCAACCAGAUACCGCUGGUCGACUUCAUGUUCAGAAACGGCCAGAUGCUGAACGUCAACUUCGAAAAGCUCAGCGAACAGAGCUUCACCAGCUCACUGGAGUCAGCAGUACAGAGCUGGGGUGGCAUUAAACUGCUCGACUUCACCACAGCUGAGAGUGUGCUCUCCCGUGAUGGAAGUGAUGGCCAGCCUCCGCACUACCUCGUGUUCUUGGAGACAGAGGGAGGCAUCCCGACGGAGAAGCAGAAGAACAUGAUCGACGAAAAGCUCUGCGAACAAAACUAUGUCUACAAGUCGUUCAGGGUCAAGAACGCCAUUGGCCCAAUGAAGGUGAUGUCGGUGAUUCCUGGAACUUUCUCCAAGUAUCGUGACCAGCUCAUCAGUGGCUCCUCCACGUUCCUGCUUCAGUUCAAACAGCCCCGUGUGCUGAGGUCCGAAAAGCAGGUCCAGUUCUUCAUGGAGCAGCGGUUAGAAGAGAAAAAGCAGUGAUGAAGGAUGAAAGAAUCCACCAAACUGAUGUAACCGAAGGUUUGUUGUCAAUAGUUAAAACACUAUUCUUUAGAAUUGUGUUUUUCUAUUGAAAAACAAAUCUGAGUUCCCUGACAAUUUGGCAAAAGUAUCGACUGAUGCCCAUAUGUAUCGAGCGUGUAAAGUCGGAAGUCAACAGCAUGACUAUGCGACAAGACUAUGGAAACAUUUUUUUUUUUAGCCAAGCAAAGCAUAUACAGCAUCGGUGCAUCGUUGAAUACUGCGUGCUUAUGCAUCGAUGACUGGAUAGCCGCUGGUAGAUAUUUUCCUUUAUAUUUACAUACGGACGGCGCUAAGUGAGAUUUAAAUAGGAGAUAGCGAAUGAAGCGAAUGAUAGCGAAUGUUGUGUAGCGUAGUGACUAUAUGGCGCUCUUUUCAUUAUUCGUGCGCAUCGGUCCAUCUACAUAUGUUACUCAGGGGCAGAAAUAUGUGCAUGUAUUGUCCAAAUACAGGGUGAUCCAAAAAAUGGAACCCCUUUACUUAAAAUGUCUGUAAGUCAGAAUAUUUUCACUUUAUUGACAAAUUGCAAACAUCAUUAGAAAGAGCGUUCCAUUUUCUAUAAAACCAAGUUGAUUGAACUUAAUUAUUAUUAUAAAUAUUGCCCUAGGCAUAUGCCUAUAAAAUUUGUGUCACGAAACUCAGUGAAACGGUUUUGAACAUUAUACGCAAAUCAGUGAUUGAAGGUUUGCUGUUCUGACCAUGUCCUUGUUGGAGGUUCAUGAAUAAAAAUAGCUCAUUCACGUGCUAUUGUAAGGAAAGGAAAGGCUGACGGCCUGCUGGGACCAGUUGUCCCAGAGACUGCUGGUCCGCGCUGUCGGAGCUGUCCCUAAGCAACCGCAGGCCUGCGUGACGGCCCACGGAGCUCGCGUUGAGCACAUGCUGGGAUGAACAGCAGAAGCUAGGACGCAUGUAUCUGUUUUACUGUGUGCUUCUGUGUAAACUUUUAUGAAAUAAAAUUGAAUUUGGAUGUGGUGUUAUUCGCAAAAAGACAACCGAUAGAGUGCUAACGGAUUUCAGCACAUUGUUAGCAUUUGGCGAUUUCGUUUCACUCAGUUUUCUGACGCUCAUUCCAAAAGCUAAUGCCUAGUGUGCCAAUGCUUUACAACAUACAUACACCAAUUUGACGUGUUUUAUAGAGGAUUUAAUGCUCUUUCUAAUGGUGUUCGCAAUUUGUCAAUAAAGUGAAUAUUUUCGGACUUAUAGACAUUUUAAGUAAGGGGUUCCAAAUUUUUUGGAUCACCCUGUAUAUUUAUACGGUUGAGUGUGAAUUUUAGAGGCACGUCAUGAAGCCGAUGAUCGAUGAAACAAUCAGGGAUGCAUAUCCAACGAAAUUAAAAAAAAAACAUCCG